AUGGGUGAUAGCGAUGAAUCUACAACUGGCGUCAAUGGUCUAGUGUCCUUCUUUUUUGUUUUUCCCAUCUGGCGAAGGAGAUCGACGCGACGUGAUGUUGGCGUCCUAAGCGCGGAGUUUGACGCGAUCAGGGCGAGUUUGUGGCGGGCUACGACGCCCAGGACGUCGCCUGGUCUCUCCUUGAAAAUAUUUCCUCGGCUUUUUUUGACAUCGGACCCACUCGGUCACUCCGCAGUGCGAAGAAGAGGUCUCCCGUCGGCGAAGCCUGGAUCGCGGAUGUCGUUUCAAGAUCGUGGCGACGCCUCCGUCUCGCCGUCUUCGAGCGACGACGACGACGACGACGACGACCCGAUCCUAACGCGAAUCAGGCAGCAGAUCCAGGACGACGACGUGAAGUACGGCAAACCACCAGGUGUCGACGCGUCUGUGAGGCAGCAGCAAACGACGGCGACGGUCGUUCGGCACGUGCGAGACGCGGGACCCCGAGGCAUGCCCGCGCCAACGUACCGGCCGCGUCUGGUGGUGGCCCGAAGGGCCGGGGGUGAUGCGGACGGCGGGGCGGGCACGUCUCCAGGACCAUCCCAACUCGAGGUCAACAAUCUCGACCCCGGUCGCGUCGAUACCCACGCCGCCACCCAUCGCGGGGCGACCCAAGCCCGCGUAGGCCGCACGUCCGCCGCGAUUCGAAUCGCUCGCGCGGGCGCCGCCGGGACGUCGACGAAACCCGCGACGGACCUCGAGACGAGGAGCCACGUAGAAUCCUCCGCCGCCCUCGCCGAGCUCGAGGCGAUCCUCGCAGACGACGCCGCGUUUCGGCCGAGCCGCUCCACCUCGGCCGCCGCCGCCGAUGCGUCCUCCAGAGAUCUCGAGGAGACGAUGAGACGCGCGGACGACGCGGCUUCCGAGGCGGAGCGCACGCGGGGUGAGCUUCGGGCGCGGGUGUCGGGGAUCAUCGCCAAGGUUGACGACAUGACGGCGUCGAGCGCGAGUCUGAGGGAGAUCGAAUCGAUGGCCAAGGAGCUGCACGAGAGGACGUCGGACUUCGGUAAGGAACUCGUCGAGGUGGCGAGGAUCAACGACGUGCGUUUGGACGACGAUUAG